CUAGACCUCUUUCCGAUCCAUCUUGAGUCCUUGACCCUGGGUACCUAGGUACCAUUCACCCACAUACCAUUCAUCCACACAUAGGCCGCCACUGGCCCAUGAACAACUCGACUGCCUUCUCCCUUCUUCACCUGAAAGUCUGACGUCGAUACCUUCUCGACUUGCUUCUUUCUGCUUUCUUCCCUGUAAAAAGCUGGAACUCUUCUCUUUACCACACCUGGGCCAACUUACAUUCCUCCAUCCUUCGCGUAACCUUGGGUAACACUCCUGCGCAACAUUCCACAAGGCUAAUUUUCCACUCAACAACUCUCACAAACGGGCCUCCAGUCUAAAACAACCCCCCCUCUGCUCGUCUGUUGUCGUCAAGACUCUCCAUCUCACCUCACUUUUUGCCGUUUCCCUUUGAUCUUGACCAUCACCACCUCAUACAGAAGACACGCCCGAGAACCAUGAGGUUUCUACCCACCGUCUUGACGGUGGCCCUUGCUACCCAAGGCGUCCUCGCCAGCAACUGGUUCGGAAGAAGCGGCACUGACGUCCGCACCCCAGCCUACAACAAUUGGCAUGAGUCGGAACUCGAGCGGUGGCUCUCCGAUCACGAUAUUCCCUAUCCUACUCCGGCCGACAGGAAGGACCUUGAGAAGCUCAUCGAGAGAAACUGGGACAACUAUAUUGUUUCUCCCUACUACUCGUGGGACACCGAGAGACUCCAAUCCUACCUCAAGUCCAAGGGUGUUGAGGCCCAGAAGGGUGCCGAGUCUAGCAAGGAUUCUCUCCUUUCCCAGGUCCAGUCUUCGUGGUACGAGACCAGCGACCAGGCCCAGGAGGCUUGGGGAAGCGUCAAGGAUUGGAUCUUCGACACCUGGACCGACAGCGAGCUCAAGGCUUUCUGCGACAAGCAUGACCUCCCUGUUCCCCAACCCCGCAAGCGUGACACCCUCCUUCAGACGAUCCGCUCCAACUACGAAACUGUCGCUCAAAAAACGAACGAUGCCAUUUCAUACCCCGGAGACUGGCUGUACGAGACUUGGACUGAAUCCGAUCUCAAGGAGUGGCUCGACACUCACGGUAUCCCUGCCCCGCAGCCCACGACGCGCGACCGUCUCGUUGCCACGGUUCGCCGGAACUCGCGCCUUGCCUAUCUGAAAGCACAGGAUCAAGCCGCUAGUGCUUCCUCCAGCGCUGCUCAGGCUUAUGCCACCUUGACUGACCAGAUCAUCGAUGCCUGGGGCGAGUCGCAGCUCAAGGAAUUCGCUGACAAGAACGGUAUCCCUGUCCCCCAGGGUACUAGGCUCAACGAGCUUCGUGCUCUGAUUCGUAAGCAUCGUGCCGAUUUCCUCCACGAGAAUGUCUCCAAGAAGGCUACCGAUGCCUUUGGUGCCGCCACGUCAAGCGCCGGCAACGAGUAUGCUCGCGCUACGGACAAGGCAUCCCUCGCCGCCCAGGAGGCUUUCAACCAGGCCGUCGGCACGUGGAGCGACAGCCGGCUCAAGAGCUAUCUCGAUUCUCGUGGCAUCCCUGUCCCUCAGGGCUCCAAGUCGGACGAGCUCCGCGCUCUGGUUCGGAAGCAUGCCCACAGGGCUGCUUCGGGUGGGAAUGCAUGGAUCUACGACGACAUGUCCCUCGAGAACCUGAGGGCCUAUCUCGCCAAAAAUGGAGACGCCACCGCGAAGAAGCUUGCCGAGAAGAAAGAUGCCACCCGCGAUGAACUGGUCAGCGCCGCCCAGUCUGGAUACGCCUCGGCCUCCGCAGCCGGGGGCGCCCAGUACGCAUCUCUGACCAGCUACCUCGCCCAGGCCACACAGGCGGUGAAGGACAGUGCCUUCGACACGUGGAGCGAGAGCGAGCUCAAGAACUACCUCGACAGCUACGGCAUCCCGGUUCCUCAAGGCUCUACAACCAACGAGCUGCGCGCCGCCGCCCGCAAGCACUACACCUUCUUCAAGUACGGCACCACGACGCCCUCCGGGACCAUCCUCACCAGGAUCGGCGACACUUUUAAGAAUACGUGGAACUGGGUCGCAGGACAGGUCGGCCUGGGCGCUGAGGCUGCGAAGAAGAACACUAACGAGGCCGAGGAGAAGAUUCGUGCCGAGCUGUGAUAAGUCUUGUAAUGGUCAUUGGAGUUUGCUCCCGCCAAAUAAUAGUAUCUGGCGGGAACGGGAGCCAGGGGGACAAAGUCACUGGAAUCACGAGACACAGGAGAAAGUAUGGAGGAUUUCGAGGAGCAGUGAACGAGACUGGCUUUGAAAACGGAACGGAAUGGAUGGGAGUCAUGGGACGAUCCGAAGACUGGUUUCUUUUAGCUUUUUUUCCGCCUUCUCUUUUUCUUUUGUUAACGUGUAACGUGGACUGAAUAUCACUAUUUAUUUCUACUUAAAGUAAUAGGGGCUUCAUGUAGUAUACUGUCUGUAUGACAACGGCGGCAUGGCCCGCAUUGGGGUGUAUUGUAUGAUACCUUUUUUUACGACUCCUGAGCACGUUCAUCAUCCC